AUGCUCAGUCGGCGGCUGGGCUUGCUCACCAUCACGCUGAGCUUCAUCAUCAUCGUCUUCUACACGCUCAGCGGGACAAGGACACAUGUCGUCCUGAUCCCCACCACCGGCGACGAGGCCGACCAGAGGCUCAAUCAGCCCGGAGCUCCCGGGUCCAACCCGGCGGCUGCGGCGGGCCACCACGGCGGCGGCGCCAGCGAGGGCCAUCAGCAUCUUCACAAUGCCGGCAGCGCUGCCCAGUCACCAGCGGGCGACAAGACACCUGCCAAGGAGGCAGCAGCAGCAGCACUGGGGACGGCGAAACCACAGCAGGGCUUCAACCCGGGCCCGCCGCCAUCAAAACCGCCCGUCCCCCCGGCGGCGGCCGCCGCCGACGAGAGCAAAUGGGGCCACACGGCGGGCUCGGCCGGGUCCCCCAAGGUCGAGUUUGUCGUGUCGUCGACCAAGGCCACAAACACGUCCUGGGUGGCCGAGUUCUUCCCCUCGGUGCCGGCGCACAUCUACAUCGCCGACGACCCGACGGCGCCGUACACCGUGCGCAAGAACAUUGGCCACGAGAGCAGCGUCUACCUGACGUACAUCAUCGACCACUACGACGACCUGCCGGACAUCGUCGUCUUCCUGCACGGCAAGCGGUAUCAGUGGCACAACGAGGAUCCGCUGUAUGACGGCGUCCGGCCCCUCCAAAAGCUGCGCAUCCCUUACGUCCAGGACCACGGCUUCGCCACGCUGCGCUGCUCCUGGCUGCUCGGCUGCCCGCUCGAGAUCAAGCCGGACCCGGCCGCGACGCUGAAAUGGGACGACCCGGACGCGGACCAGCGCGCAAAGACCGAGGCCGCCUACGCCGCGGCGUUCCGGGAGCUGUUUCCCGGCAAGCCUUUACCCGAGGCCGUGGGGGUGCACUGCGGCGCGCAGUUCGCCGUCACGCGCGAGCGCAUCCGGGCCAACUCCCGGGCCGACUACGUCUCGUACCGCGACUGGCUGUGGACCACGGAGCUCACGGACGAGUUCUCGGGCCGGGUCAUGGAGUAUAGCUGGCACCAGAUCCUCGGCGCGCCCGCCGUGGACUGCCCGGAUGCGGGGGUUUGCUUCUGCGAGAAGUUUGGCAUGUGUGACCUGUACGAGUGCCACGACUAUGGGUGUGAGAAGACGUACUUUUUCAAGUUUGGCGAGCUGCCGGAUGGCUGGCCCGAGGUCGGGUCCGGGACGGACGGGUGGCCGUUGAGGGAGUGGGCGGAUCCUGGGUUUGUGCCGCCGCCGCCGGCGGAGAAAAGUCCGGACGCCGCGGCUGCGGAGAAAGCUGGUGGGUAA